AUGUAUGCUUCUCUACUGCCUCUUUUGGCCGCUCUGGCGGCCGCCUCUCCAGCAAACCUUCAGAUGACCCUGAAGCAGUCGCUUCCCACGAUCCCUCAGGGCUGGCAGGUCCAUUCGGAUGCUCCCGCCGACCAGAAGAUCAAUUUGCACAUUGGUCUCAAGGAACAGAACAUGGACCAGCUGCAGAAGCGUCUGCUGGAAAUGAGCCACCCUGAUCACGCCGAUUACGGCAAGCACAUGAGCAAGGCAGAAAUUGAUGCCCUGACGGCCCCUACCCAGGGGACUGUUGAGUCUGUCACCUCGUGGCUGUCUUCCCACGGGAUCGAAGCGGGUGAAGUCUCCAACGGCCUGAUGCCCGUAACGGUCAGCAUCUCUCAAGCUGAGAAGAUGCUUGGCACCAAAUACCACGUUUACCACCAUGCUGCCGAGGACAAGUACACAAUCCGUACUACCCAGUACAGCCUUCCUCAGGCUGUACACUCCGAGGUCAACAUGAUCCAGCCCACCACCAUGUUCAGCGACAUGGGCAUGAUCAACCGUCAGCUCACCGCUUCCAAAUCCGCUCGCAGCAAGUCUCCCAAGGCUCCCAAGUCCAAGCGGGCUCAGUGUGGUGGCUCUGUCAACCCUGCCUGUCUGCGAAGCUUGUACAACAUCAACUACACUCCCAGCAGCAGCAAGUCCCUUCUCGGUGUUGCCGGCUACCUUGAGGAAGUGGCCAGUCAAGAUGACUUGAGCAGCUUCCUUCAGGAGCAGAACAUUAAAAACGCCGGCAAGUUGUCUGUUGAGCUCGUGAAUGGCGGUACCAACGACGGUGAUGGCACCCUUGAAGCCGAUCUUGAUAUCGAAUAUACCGUUGGAUUGAGUGCUGGCAUUGAAAACGUCUUUUAUUCGACUGGCGGCCGCCCUCCGUGGAAGCCGGACUCUGGCAGCAACCCCAACAACAACACCAACGAGCCCUACCUGGACUGGCUAAACUACAUUCUCGCCAAGUCUAGUCUUCCUCAAACUAUCACUUCUUCUUAUGGUGAUGAUGAGCAGACUGUCCCCAAGGACUAUGCGGACAAUGUCUGUAACCUCUUCAUGAAGCUUGGCGCUCGUGGUGUCAGCUUCAUGUGUAGCUCUGGUGAUGGUGGUGUCUCGGGUGGCCAGCCUACCAACUGCCAAGCCAACGAUGGAUCUGGCAAGCGGAAGUUUCUUCCCACCUUCCCCGCCAGCUGCCCCUGGGUCACUGCCGUUGGUGGCACUACUGGUUCUCCCGAGACUGCCGCCAGUCUUUCGUCGGGUGGUUUCUCCGAGUACUACCCUGCCCCUAACUAUCAGACAAAUUCUACAUCUAGCUACCUGUCUCGCAUUGGCAAGCAGUACUCUGGACUAUACAACCCCAAGGGACGUGGUAUCCCUGAUGUUGCCGCUCAGGCCGAGUACUUUGAGAUUGUCACGAGCGGUUAUGACGAACACGCCAGCGGUACCAGCGCAGCUUCUCCCACUUUUGCUGCUGUUAUUGCACUCUUGAACGACUACCGCAUGUCGCAAGGCCGUGCUCCUCUGGGAUUCCUCAACCCCUGGUUAUACAGCAAGGCAACUUCCGGCCUCAACGACAUCACCUCGGGCUCCAACCCAGGAUGCAAUACGAAUGGUUUCUCUGCUUCUAGUGGCUGGGAUCCCGUCACCGGCCUGGGUACCCCCAACUUUGGCAAACUCAAGCAGACUGUCUAA